AUGCUACCGCACCACGCCCAGCAGCACCCGCAGCUCGCCAACGCCCCACCUCCCCAGGCCUCACCCAGCGUGCACCACGCCAACCCGCACCAGCAGGGCUACGCGUACCACCAGCAACAGCAGCAGAUCCUGCAGAAUGGCAUGACGCCGCAGCAGAGGCAGGCGGUGCUGAGGCAGGGCGGGCAGCAGCCUGGACAACCGCCGCAGGGAGGAAUGAUGCCUGGGCAGCCUCAGCAGGGACAGCGCAUGGUCCAGCAGCCACAGCAGCCACAGGGAGGGAUGAUGCACGGGCGACAGGGGAUGAACGGCGCAGGCGGCCCUCCAGGAACGAUGCUGCCUGUUCCUCCUCCCAACAUGCGGGUCGCUGGCGGUAUGCCUCCCCAGGCAGGCCAGGUUAUCGGUCCUUCGCACCCGCAGCAUCCUCAGCAUGGCGCCUGGCUCGCGCAGCAGCAACAGCAACAGCAGCAGGCGUACCUCCCGCAACCUCCGCCGAACCACUACCUUCCGCAGCACACGCCUCAGCAGCCCGGCAAUCCUAUGCACCGCCCUCUUCCUCCCCCAGGCUCGCAGCAACAUCACUACGCACCCUCGCCUCAUCCGCCGACGUCUACUCCCUCGUCUCCCAACCUUCACCCGCUCCCUCAUCCGCCAGGUCUCGCCGCCUCGCAAUACGCUCAAGGCGGUCCUCCACCUCAUCAGCAGUCCCAGCAACUCCCUCUUCCUCCGCCACCCCAGCAGCAGCAGUACCAGCAAGGCCAGUCGGGCGCACCUCCUCGACUGAUUCCCUCGGCCGCUGGGAUGCGUCCUACUCCCGCCGCUCCUGGCGGCGCCGGCCCGUCUCCCUACCACCCUCCAUCCUCUCCUCAACCGCAACAGCUCCCCCAGCCUCCACCGCCUGGUCAGCCGCAGCGGCAUCCGAGCAUGCCGAAUGGCGUUCUGCCGCAUGGCAGACCACCGAUGAUGCGUCCUUCGCUUGCACCGCCGCCGAAUACGCUUCUCGCGGCUCAUCUCGCUCUCAAUGGAACUGGCCCGAUUACGGCGACGGCUGUCCCGGCAGGUCCGGCACUUGCUCGACUCGCGACGCUGAACGAUUCCUUACAAGUCGCCUUCGAAAGCGAGAACCCGCUCGAGGCGCUGAGAGCGGCCGUUGCCGACAACUUUACCGACACGGGCGUCGUCAAGAUUGGCUUGUUCGACCCGGCAGGUCCGAUGAGCAAGGUCUUCGAGAUCCCCUGCUCGGCUUUCCCUCGAUUCCAACACCUCAACCACCUCCAGGGCGUCGUCUCUUCCGCCUUCGUCCCCACAUUCGUCCGCGAGUUCCGCCUCACGACUCCCGACCCAACCGCUCCUCGACCACCCUCGCCCCCUUCACCCUCCUCGGGCUGUCCCGACCCUCCACCUCCGACCCCUCCCUCCUUCCCCAUCCACAUCGGCUACCUCCUCCGCUCCGAACAUGCCCAAUGGACUUCGCUCUUCGGUUCCGGCACGCGCGUCGAGCUCCACGGCACGCUCACGAUGCACAUCAUGUUCAAGGACCUCGGGAACGGCGCUGCAGGUUUGCGCAUCGAGAGCUUGGAGUUUGAUGCGCGCGGGUACGAGGAGUUUGUGAGUCGGCAGGCGAUGGAGAAGGUUGAGCAGGCGUUGGGAGAGGUGACCAGGGCGAACGCGAGCGGGUCGGGCGAGGCGGGCGGGAAGAAGGCCGCGAAGCAGGAGGAGGAGAAAGAGCACGAGGAGCGUCGGGGAUCGAGCGGGAAGGGGAAGAAAGGGCAGGUUAAGGGAAUGACGACGAGACGGAGAAGCGCGAGCGCCAAGGUGGAAGCCGACUCGGACGACAUCUUGCCGGACGAGCGGGGCGCGGUAGCGAGCAAGAAGGACGAGGGCGAACGGAAGGGUUCGAUGGACUCGGCCGGGCAGGGAGACGCCGGCAAGGGCGGGAAGCGGUCGACGCUCGUCGAGGUCCCGCUCAGCUCGGUCGGCGUCUUUGGCGUGACAGAGAUGGGCAUGCGCUGCCUCGAGAUCGCCGAGUCGGUCGCGCAGCUGCAAGACCUCAUCGCCUUUUCGCUCGAGAGCGGAACGGGUCCUAUGCAAUCGCUCGCCCGGUACGCCGACCGCUCGCGUCCCGGACUGCCUCAAGACGCCGGCUCGUUCCGCCGUGGCCCGCAACCGUCUCUCCCGCCCACGACACCGGCAGCAUCCGGUCCUCCUCCCAUCGCUGCCUCGUCGCAGAACCCCUCGACGAACAGCUUCUACUCCUCCGUCACGGCUUCCCCCGGCGGACCUCCCCAACCGCUUCCGCCCGCACCGCAACGACCACCGAGCUCGGCCGCGCACGGCAGGACCGAGAUGCCGAGUCCAGCGGCGGCGAAGCGGAAACUCGACGCUGGCCGAGGAGGGGAGUCGGGCGGGAUGGGUGAGCGGAUGGAGGGCGAUCCGGGUAGUCCGCAAAAGGUGCAGCGCGGAGCGGGCGGUGGGCGAGGGCGAGGUCGAGGUCGGUAG